AUGAACCAAACGGUAUCGCCCAUGGUACGGAAAUUGCCUAUACCACGCCAAUCGAAGCAUUACCAGCACGUACAUCGCGACAAUCCCAGUCCCUUGAGCCAGGACAUGGCUGCCUCUCCAGACAACAGAGUACCGGCGUGUGCAAUUGACAUUGGCAGAAAUGAGGAGCUAACUUCAAGCAUCCCCGUACGCGGUGUUGCGCGAAAUACCCGAGAGAUCCUAGAUGUACUGGAGGAGUGGACUGGCUGUAUCACGACCAAAGAAGCAACGCCACGUCCGCAGGUUAUGCCAGAAGUGCGCAAGAAGGGUCGCAGAAGAAUCCUGAUUCAAAAGUACAUGUUUCAAAUCUCUAUCCUCACAGCCAAUGGGUUCGGAAUUUUUGCUACCUGGUGGUUCCCACAUCACUGGUACCUCCUCAUGCCUUUUAUAGGUGCUGGUGUUGUGAUGAAUAUCGCCAUGAUCAUCGCUCUGCUGGUUAACCUACUCUAUCGUUGGUGUUACCCAGAGAAGCCGCUGAUACCAGAGACUCCAGAGAGCCUAGUCCAUUUGAUUCCAUGCUAUAACGAAACGAAGGAUGAGAUGGAGCGGUCACUCAAUUCACUAAUAAUGCAAAAAGGCAUUUCAGAUCAUAGGCGAUGUAUUAUGAUUAUCUGUGAUGGCAAAGCUCGUGGUUACGGCAUGGAGAAGACAACCGGAGAAUAUCUGUUAGAGGAUAUUCUCAUCCAGAAAGACUACCGGGUCCGGAUCACGAAAGCCUACCUGGCAUGGGAUCAACAAUUCAUGGAUGUUGAAGUUCAGAGGGGGACCUACCACGACGUGCCGUACUUCUGCAUUAUCAAACAGCACAACCAAGGAAAGCGCGAUAGUUUAAUCGCAGUACGUUCGUUUUUGUACAACUACAAUAUCCGCCAUACACAUCCAGAGACAAUAUUCACGUCGACAUUUUUUGUCCAUAUGGCUUCGUUUAUCAAGGAGUCAGGGAUUGAUUAUAUUGACAAUCUGAUUGGGAUGGAUGCCGAUACAGUAUUUGAUGACCACUGUAUUAGCGAACUACUUCGAUGUUCACGGUAUGAGGACACUGUAGGGUCUGUGAUUACGCAUAAAGUAUCUUGUCUCCCCGGCUGUUGCCAGCUGUUGAAGAUCUGUGAAGAGACUUGUGGACGUGAAGUGCUGUUCAAGAGAUUCGGAUACUGCCCUGUCCCUACUGAUGGAGUUCUGCGACAUGUUCGAGCCACUGCCAGUGAGGACCGCAAUCAUGUCUGCCAUAUGCUCUCUGCUCGUCCGAGGGCUCAGACUCGCCAGGCGCUCCAUGCGGUAGCAUAUACAGACGUUCCACAGUCGUGGCCAGUCUUCCUGUCUCAACGCAGACGAUGGACACUGGGUGCCACCUCAAAUGACCUGUUUUUAUCAUCUGCUCCUGGCGUACAUUGGUUCGAAAGGAUCCUUGCUUGCACUAAUGUGAUGACAUGGUUUCUUAAUGUGUUCAUCUUCGCCAGCAUGGCUAGAUUUAUCAUGGCAAUGUUUUAUGUUGAGGCAUGGAUCAUCUUCUGCUUCAUUGCCAUUGCACUGAUCCCCAUUGUUUAUUAUCUGAUUAUCCCCUUCUGGCACAUUAAGCCAUGGCGCGAUGCCUCGCGCUUCUGGAUCGGUUGCCUCAUAUAUAUUAUCUGUGGCCCAUUCGUUAACAUAGCAAUCCUGCUCUACUCUUGCCAUUACUUAGAUUCGUUUGGAUGGGGCAAGACUCGUCAGGUGGUUGCCGAAGACAAUAGGGAUGAGAACGGACAAGCUACUGAACGGACAUCAUUACUGCCACGUACAUAG